AUGGCAAAAUCCAAUGAACAACCGAGACAAAUCAUCAGCACCAACUGCAGAGCAAAGCCUGCAGUAUGCCUGGUGUUGUGCUGCUUGGUAUCAACAUUAUCUUCGCAGAUGCUGCUUCUCAGCUGCUUUGCUGAAUCAUGCCAGCGGCACUCACGUGGCGCCGGCCUGCGGACAAGUAUGAAGGUGCUACAGAGAUCCAGAAACAAUCAACAAGUAAGAGCUCAACACAGGCUGGAGAGAAGGCUAAAGUUUGAGGAGACAAAGUCUUUCAGUACAGGCCAUGACCCACAGCACUUGCUCAUGCGAUUGGAGUUGAUGUCAAAAGGUCAAUUGAAGGGCUUUGCGCCUACGGUGCUUGAGAGCUACCUUGACCAACACGGAAGGUCCAAAGACUUAGCGUUUGAAUACGCCAUGCGAGGGGAAGCAAGACUAGGGCGCACAGACGGCAUUGAAGAAGUUCUGUCGCGGGGAAAUUCAGAGGGCAUGACCAAAGCCAGACUGCUAGACUUCGCGGUGGAGGAGCUUUCAAAAUGCGGCUUUUUUAGUACAGUGGAGCACUAUUUCCUACUUUUGAGGCCAAGUCAGAAGAGGUUAGACCACCUGUUUCAUGCGGCAAUCAAAAAGAAAAACAUUUCCGCCGCUGAGAGGGUAUUGCGCCAUAUGGAUGAGGAGGGCUUCGUUGUUGACAAGGUUCAUUUUGAGCAGCUCUUGCAAGCCAGCGUCCGCGCAGAAGGCGUUUGGAAAGCAGAAAGGCAUGUGAGAAAAAUGGUGAGCCGAAGGCUGGAACCCACCGAACGGAUCUAUGGCACACUCCUUGAUGCCUAUGGCAGCAAGGGAAACGUAACUGCCUGCAUGAGGCUUUUGCGGGGCAUGAAAGAGCACCACCUUCAGCCGCAGAACAUGCACUACGGGCAGGUCUUCAAGGCGGCUGCGAAAGUGAGCGAGAGUCAAGAUCAUAGCUUUUGCCUGGAACAGGUGCUCCGGACCAUGAUGGCAGAGCGUCUCCGUCUCAAUGACGCCAACCGAGCUGACCUGCUCCGGGCUGUGGGGGAGCCGCGUUACAAGGAGAUUUGCCGGAGCUGUGAUCUUCGAUCCAAUGUGAAGAGGCGAAAGAAGACGAAAGAAUUGGAGAAAUAA